AUACAAUGGUUGGAAAUGAGGACAUAACAAUGGCGGAUUCCACUAUGAAGAAGAAGAAGAAGAAGAAUUCAAUAAUUUCUAAUCUUGUCAUCUUACUCUUACUUUAUCUUCCUCUACGCCGUUUAACUUCCUCCAGAAACCACCACCUCUCUAAUUAUCCGACUGUUUAUCUAUUUCUCCGACUUCAAUUCCAUCUCCACCAUGGCUUCACAAUCUGAUUCAAUGCUACAAAACCACCAGGAAAAAUACAUUCGGGGACGUGAGAACCCAGUUUUUGAUGGAUUAAGAGGGAAUACAUCUAUGAAUCACAGGACAUCCAUAUUCGACUUUUUAGGAAGCAAUGGUAAGCAGAAAAUGUCACGUUCCAACUCUGUUAUCGGACAUGCGGGGUGUAAAGGUGGAAUUCAAGAACAUGCAUCAUCAUACAACUCAUCAAAAGGUUCACAAUUCGACAUUAGAGAAGAGCCUUUUGGGUUGUCUUUUUCUCGAAGUCUUGAUUUAGGUUCAUCUCAGAUAUCAGGUUUUGAGUCAAAAUCUAGUGUUGACAUGAGUGUUGCAAAAGAUUUUGAAGCAAAUGGUGUUCAUGGUGAUCGAGAAGAGGCCUUGAUUGAAAAAUCAUUUAGUGUUAGUAAGAUGAAACAAGUUGUCCAUGGAGUUUCACUUCCUCCAUCUGCAGCAUCAUUCUAUUAUCGUGGUUUACCAAGUAUGGAUGUUGUGGAGUCUUGUGAAGGUAUUCAAAGGCUUAAUUUGUAUCUGAAAGCAUGCAAAGAUGCUGUAAAUGCUGGUGUUCCAGGACAGUUUUUGCGUGCUGUACUUGGACACGUCUCAGAUGUUGGAUCUUUUAUUUCAACAAUCAUGUAUUCAUUCUACUUGAAUGAAACAGACAAGAACUCUCAGUUUUGCACUGUGCCUAUUAUUAACAUUAAAAGGGCAGACCUUAAAGCUCAUGCUGAGCUGGAAUGGUUACUUACUUCAUGCAAUAUUGAUCAACCAUCAAUUAUAUUCAUUAAUGAGAUUGACCUUUCAUAUUAUAACUUAUUUGGAAGUCUUAAAGUUGUUUUACUGAAUGCUGAUAAGCUCCCAGAGAAACAAGAGGCAUUAAAGGAAUCUUUAGUUGAAAUAUUCAAGGGUAGAAAGGGUGGUUUUGCUGAUCUUUCAGAUGACACUAUUGAAGAACAGGAAUGUUCAUGUUGUGCCCUAAUUGCUGAAAAGUUUGCAUCAAAAUCACCUGAGAUAUUGGUAGGGAAAGGUUUUGCUCGCCUUCUGCUUUCAGGUAUCCUUUUGGAUACUGAAAAUUUGACAAGUCCCAAGUGUACUUCAGUCGAUAAGUACAUGUCAACAUUAUUACUUAAUGGAGCUGGUCGAUUUGGAUGCAAUGGUCUUUACAAAAUAUUGAGUGACAAAAUGCACAAUGUAUCAUACCUUAGUGUUGGACAAAUCUUGCACAAAGACUUCAGAAAGUGGACAAAACCAGUAGGUAAAGCUGAGAGUGUAGGGAUGAGUGCAGUUGGGAUGUCUAUUUCUCAGCUUCUUUCACAUGAUGAGACUUCAAUUCAAGAAAUUAUCCUCUUUCAGCAAAUGAAUAAACUAAGCUUGCUCAUAAUUGUCUCGGGUUAUCACAAUCUUCAUAAGAGCUUCAAGGAAAUGUUUAUAUCUGCGGAAUCCAAGGAACUCAUGGAAGACCUGCUUCAUUUCCUUAACAAUCAUCCUUCACGUCUAUUGCUUCAUGUAUUGUAUCAAUCAGGUCUAUGUGAUGAGAUGAGAGCAUUUUCGAUGGAUAGUAUAACAUCAUUGACAAUCAUGGAGCAGUUGCUAGAAGAUUUUUGUAGAGAAGGGAAGUUUUUUAAUUAUCAACCUAUUAAAAGUUUUGCUGUUACAAGAUAAACAAAAUUCUAAAAUUAUGGUAUUGGCUAAGAUUGUAUGUAUAUUUUGUGACAUGGGCGGGCAUGAUUGAAAAGUGUUGCCUUUUUUUUCUUCAUUUUUCAUAGUUGGAAUAUAUAAAAAUUGUGAGAAUUCUUUAUAAAUGUAAAAAGAAGAUUGUGAUUGUUC